CCUGGUCCUGUAUAGGGUUUACUUCAGCGGAAUCUGUCUGAAUCAGAUGGGUGUUGUCCUGUCCAGUCAUAACAAUACAGUACUAUCAAAGUAACUCUGCUCUACUGAAUCCAGUCAUCCAAACUCUGUAUCCACACUCCAGUCAUUCUAAGACAGCAUGGUGUACCACCCCGAGUUUGAGCGAGCAGGCAAAGAGCCUGGGCUCCAGGUGUGGAGAAUCGAGAAGUUUGAUUUGGUUGCUGUUCCUCAGAACCUUUAUGGCGGGUUCUACACAGGAGAUGCCUACUUGAUCCUCAAUACUAUCAAACAACGUUCAGGCAACUUACAAUAUGAUCUCCACUUCUGGUUGGGUGAUUACUGCACACAGGAUGAGAGUGGGGCAGCUGCCAUUUUCACAGUGCAGAUGGAUGACUAUCUGGGUGGAAAACCCAUCCAGUACCGUGAAGUGCAAGGCCACGAAUCUAAAGCUUUCCUGGGCUACUUUAAGAAAGGAAUACAGUACAUGAAAGGUGGAGUUGCUUCUGGGUUCAAGCAUGUGGUCACCAAUGAAGUUAUAAUGCAGCGUGUGCUGCAGGUCAAAGGUCGACGUGUCAUCAGGGCAACAGAGGUACCAGUCACCUGGGACAGCUUCAACCAGGGAGACUGCUUUAUUCUGGACUUGGGCAAUGAGAUCUAUCAGUGGUGCGGUUCAAAGAGCAACCGCUUUGAGAAGCUAAAAGCUACUCAGCUCGCGAAAGGUAUUCGUGACAACGAACGCAGUGGUCGUGCCCGGGUGUACGUUUGCGAUGAAGGAAUGGAACGAGAGAAGAUGUUGGAGGUUCUUGGAGAAAAGCCAGAUCUGCCUGAAGGAGCAUCUGAUGACAUCCAGGCUGACGCCUCCAAUAGGAAGAUGGCCAAACUCUAUAAGGUGUCGGACGCCGGUGGAAACAUGGCAAUUGCACUGGUGGCCGCUGAGAACCCCUUCUCCCAGAGCGCGCUGGAAUCAAGCGACUGUUUCAUCCUGGACCACGGCUCGGAUGGCAGGAUCUUUGUUUGGAAAGGCAAAGAUGCCAAUAUGGAGGAACGAAAGGCUGCCAUGAAGGCAGCUGAUGAGUUCAUUAAGAAAAUGGGUUACCCCAAGCAUACACAGGUGCAGAUUCUUCCAGAGAUGGGCGAGACUCCUCUGUUCAAGCAGUUCUUUAAAAAAUGGCGCGAUGUGGACCAGACGGAGGGCUUGGGUGUGGCUUACGUCUCCAACAGCAUCGCUAAGAUUGAGAAGGUGCCGUUUGACGCCUCCACCCUGCAUGAUUCUCCGGCCAUGGCUGCUCAGCAUGGCAUGAUCGAUGAUGGCAAUGGAGAGAAACAGAUCUGGCGUAUCGAAGGGUCAGACAAGGUUCCAGUAGACCCCUCUACUUAUGGCCAGUUCUAUGGUGGAGACAGUUACAUUAUCCUGUACAGUUAUCGCCACGGAGGCAGACAAGGCCACAUUAUCUACAUCUGGCAGGGUAAGGAUUCAUCACAAGAUGAGAUCGGGGCGUCUGCCAUCUUAGGGGCCCAGCUGGAUGAUGAGCUUGGAGGUGGACCCGUGCAGGCACGGGUGGUCCAGGGUAAGGAACCAGCUCACCUGAUGAGUCUGUUCGGAGGAAAGCCCAUGGUGGUGCACAAGGGUGGCACCUCCAGGGAAGGUGGUCAGACGGCACCAGCCGAGACACGCCUGUUCCAAGUGCGCUCUAACUCUGCAGGGUGCACGCGAGCUGUGGAGAUCGAUGCAGAGUCUUCCAACCUGAACUCCAAUGAUGCUUUCGUCCUGGUGACCCCAGACGGUUCUUUCUUGUGGGUGGGACGUGGAGCCAGCGAUACAGAGAAACAUGGGGCAAAGCAGCUGUGUGACAUUCUUGGAGUUUCACCCUCAACGAUGAAUGAAGGAGGAGAAAAUAACGGCUUCUGGAAUGCUCUGGGAGGAAAAGCAGACUACCGCACGUCAUCCAGGCUGAAGGAUAAGAUGAAUGCCCACCCGCCAAGACUGUUUGCCUGCUCUAACAAAACCGGCCGCUUCAUUAUUGAGGAGGUGCCUGGAGAGAUGACCCAAGAAGACCUGGCUACAGAUGAUGUCAUGAUCCUUGAUACCUGGGACCAGGUGUUUGUUUGGAUCGGUAAUGAGGCUCAUGAGGAGGAGAAGACUGAAGCUAUGACUUCAGCUGCCCGAUACAUUCAGACCGACCCAGCCAACCGUGACCCACGCACACCCAUCGUGAAGAUCAAGCAGGGCUUUGAGCCGCCCACUUUCACAGGCUGGUUCCUGGGCUGGGACCACGAUUAUUGGACCACCGACCCCCUGGAAAGAGCCAUGGCUGAGCUUGAGCUGUAAACCUUCACUUCUGACCCUUCAGCUAUACUGUCUUACUGCAAGCUGAUCAAAACUGCCUUUAGAUCUAACACCAUCUAGAGCACGAACGAUGGUCCUGGAUCAGUAUAAAAGGGCAAUUUUUAAUAAGGCACCUUACUGCCCCGCCCCCAACUUUAUUCAUUCUUUACCUGGUUGCUUUAUAAGCGUUUGUCACCUGCACUCGGCAAUGUUACUUUAAUGUUAAUUUAAACUGUACAAAGCUUUAGCCUUAAUCUGGUUUGUACACCCGACUUAAAGUGCAUCAGAUGAAAACACACAUGGUCAUCCUUAUAGACGGUUUCAUCUUAACAACAAAAACAAACGUUACUGCGCAUGCGCACUUUUGUGACCCCCCCCAACUUAACUUCCGGUACACAUUCACAAACAAUAGAGUGCCUGUAGAUUAUUUCUGAUAACAAGCAAAAGAAAUCGAGAAGAACCUUUACUUGGCUAAACGUGUCUCUCCAAUAUUUUGAAUUUAGACUGCGAUACCAAACUCAACCGCUACAUGUCAAUGUACCAUACGGUUUGUUUAAAUGCGACUGAAUGCAGGACCCAUUCAAAAAAAUAUGUAUUUAAUAAAAUGAACGUACAACAAAAUUAAACAAAUCGUUUAUUUAAUACAGUUAUUAUACAGUAAAAUUAUAAUACAAAUUAAUAUGAAAUUAAAUUAAAUGUAAAUAGUUAUAUUAUUAGACACUAGCCAAACAUAAACCGAAAGUUAACUGGGGUCAGUCACACGCGCGUCUGAAGAAACGUUCUAUAAAACUAAAUCCUAGAUCCGUGGGCGUGGCUUGUUGGUUUUGACUAAAUCUUUGGUGUUUCAAGUCUUACGAAACCUUUACCCUAACCUUACUCUAACGAUCUAAACUACCUAAGAUUGUUAAAAUUGACGAAAAAACACGUUUGGGUGAUGACGUCAGACUCGAAACACCAAGGAUUUAGUGAGAGCCAAUGCGGUCAGGGGCUCUUUCUGCCAUCACAUAAGCUCCGCCUACAAAAACGCGUCACAACGUUUACUAACAGAAAAGGCGUCUUUAAAAAUGUGUCAAGGUUUUUGUUUUCAACUUUUGUAUGCAGCGGGUUUUACUAGCAACAGUACCUAUAGUGUCUUAGUUCAAUUAGAAUUUUUAUAUUUUAGAUGAAGGAAUUUGUUGUUUACAGUGGCACCAAAAUACAGUAUGCUAUAGAAUUGUAGUAUAUUUUAUAUUAUAAGUGAGACAAAAAUAUAGCAGGCAGUAUGAAGCGUGUACUGUACAGUAUUCAGUAAGCAUACUAGUAUUCCAUUCUAAACCCAUGAUCAUGCCACUAUAAACAAUGACGCAUUGUAUCCAGCAGGGGGAGCUGCGAAAAUGAUCUAAUCCAUUGUGUCAUUUCAUUUCACUUGUUGAUUUGUGAUUUUAAUGUAUGACUAGGCUUAAUCCAUCAUCAGUUUCAGAAAGGUAAAGUGGACAAAUCUUAGCAUUGGUCAACAUAUCCUAUGCAGUGUUAAAACUGAAAGGGCUAAGCCCCUGCCUGAUGUCUAUUUAUGGAGCUUAAAUAAUGAGAUAAUUGUUAACAUAUGGGGGUAGGUUCACUGGCUAGAGCAAUGUAAGCCAUUCUCCUCUAUGCAGACCCCAUACC